GCGGGCUACCUAGGCAACGCCCCCCACCUUCCUCAUGCCCGUGUCGCUUUUCGUAGCCUUUUACCACAGUUUGCUCGGGGGUGACCCGCAGUGACAACCCAACCCAGCCCACCGGCUAGCAUAUGACACGGCAAAGAGCGAAAGGACGGAGAAAGUGGAUCCCUGUUGCAGUUGCUGUUGGAAGGGAAUUAUGAAGCCAUCUUACUAAGUGAAGCAGUCCAGAAUGUCUUCACAAAGCCUGCGGCAGGAGAAGAGGAGACCAUUGACAGCUAUUUAGAAAGGCAGAUACAAGUUUAUCUGGACUGUUCUUCUGCAGAUGUUGAUAGUAUGGAAAGACAAAGUGUGGUAUUUCUGCUUGGUGUGGGAAGCUUGCAGUUGUUUGUUCAGAGCAACUGGACUGGACCUCCUGUUGAACUGCAGCCUCAGGACUUCUUGCCACCUGAAUUGCUACAACAAUAUGGCGAGCCCAGUGGAUUGACUGCAGCUGUCCUCAGCAUGCUGAUUCUAGAUGGUGAAUCAGUAUAUAGCCUGACUUGCCAUUCUGUCUUGCUGAUGUUAGCUAGAGCAGUGCUUGUGAAUUCCAGACAUAAGCUUGAAGCUAUUCAGACAUUGCCUUGGUGGACUCUACGAUGUGUGAACAUCCAUCAGCAGUUGUUAGAAGAAAGAUCACCUGAACUUUUUGCUGUUGCUCAGGCUUGUAUACAACAAGUGCUGAAAAUUGAGGCUUUGCUCACUGAUGAUGAAUGUUGGCAUCUAGCUGUUCAAUUCCAUCUAGAGUGUGCUUAUACAUUUUUGAAUUAUUACGAGUAUAAAAAGGCCAAAGAACACUUCCUUGCAGCUAAAGACAUAACGAAGUUACAGAUUGAUCUGACAGGUGCUCUGGGAAAAAGGACAAGAUUUCAAGAAAAAUAUGUAGCACAGCUCAUAUUAGAUGUUCAAAGGAAAGAUAAUAUCCUCCUUCCUCACCGUGAGCUCAGUCCAGCACCUACCCCGCUAGAAAACUUAACAAAGAAUUAUGCUUUAAAUGAUGACACGGUGCUAAAUGAAAUAAAGUUUGCUGAAUCUCAUCAGAACCAGAUGCCUGACCUGUGCGCGGAAGAGCUUGCUGUUAUCCUUGGAAUUUGCAUAGACUUUAAAAAGAACAACCCAGUCCACAAGCUGACUGAAGAGGAGCUACUUGCUUUUACUUCAUAUUUGCUCUUACAACCGAAGUUCUGGGCUAUUCAAACUUCUGCUCUGCUUCUCCGAACAAAAGUUGAGCGCGGAAGUAUGCGCCGAGUGGAACGGGCACUGAAGCAGACUCAGUGGCCAAUUCAGGAACCAAAGAGGGAGGCCCUCUACAGCUGGCUUUGUAGGCUCCGAUAUCACUACGCCUUAAAGGGCCAGAGAGCGCCUAUAUGGAGCUAUAGAUUCUUCCACGGGCCUCCUGCGCAGGCGCAGAAGAUCCCGGUUGUGAGUGACCAUCCCCACAGAGAUCGUAAGUUAAAGGCUCUUGCAGACCAAUUUGAAGAUAAGAAAACUUCAGUUUGUGAGCGUAUGAAACUUUUUUACAGUUGCCAGGUUCCUCCACACUGGGCUAUACAGCGUCAACUCGCAGGUUUACUGUUUGACCUUGGAUGUAGCAGUUCAGCUCUGCAGAUCUUUGAGAAGCUUGGAAUGUGGGAAGAUGUCGUCAUCUGUUAUGAAAGAGCAGGACAACAUGGGAAGGCAGAAGAAAUCUUGAGGCGGGAGAUUGAGAAGAAAGAAACCCCAGGAUUAUAUUGCUUGCUUGGGGAUGUUCUAAAAGACCAUUUUUACUAUGAUAAGGCUUGGGAAUUGUCAAAGCACCGCAGUGCCAGGGCUCAGCGCUCCAAGGGUCUUCUCCACCUUCGCAACAGGAACUUCAAAGAAUGUACAGAGUGCUUUGAGCUUUCAGUGCAGAUUAACCCAAUGCAGUUGGGUGUGUGGUUUUCCUUGGGCUGUGCCUACUUAGCUUUGGAAGAUUAUGAAGGUGCUGCCAAAGCUUUUCAGCGCUGUGUGAUGCUGGAACCUGAUAAUGCUGAGGCUUGGAACAAUUUAUCAACUGCAUAUAUCAGAUUAAAACAGAAAGUCAAAGCUUUUCGGACCCUUCAGGAAGCUCUCAAGUGUAACUAUGAGCACUGGCAGAUUUGGGAAAAUUACAUACUCACCAGUACAGAUGUUGGAGAGUUUUCAGAAGCCAUUAAAGCUUAUCACAGGCUUAUGGAUUUACAAGAAAAGUACAAAGAUGUCCAGGUGCUUAAGAUAUUGGUAACGGCAGUGAUGGAAGGAGUGGCUGAUCAUAAUGGAGAGACGGCAACGGGGUUAAAGGGGAAACUUCAGGCACUCUUUGGCAGAGUGACGUCUAGAAUGACAAGUGAUGGAGAAAUCUGGAGACUGUAUGCCAGGCUCUAUGAGAAUGGGCAGAGUGAUAACCAUGAAGAUAUGGAAAAGGCAUUGCAGUAUCUCACCAAAGCACACAAAUGUGAAAUCCAAUCAAAGGACUGGGACAAAAAUAUUUUCUCUUUCAAGGAGGUGACAAAAAGUGCCAUAGAACUUGCGCAUGUGUCAAUGAGAUGCAGCAAAACCAAGUCUAAUUACCAGGAAGCAUUACAAAUACUCUCUUCAGCUCGACUCACUUUGCGUGGCUUGGCAACCAAAGCAAAGCAACUUUUUGCAGAUGUGGUAAGUGGUGACAUUUCCAGUGACCUAGCUGAAGAAGUGACAUCUAUGGAGAACUUGAUAGUGGAAUUGCAAGAACUUAGCAACCAACUAAGGCAUCGGACCUGAGAAAAAGAUGAUCCAGUUUCCUGGAAGGACAGAAAAGCAACACUGGCAUUCUCCCUUCACUGAAGUUUGUGCUAAUGAGCUUAUCAAACGCCGCAAACCACUUUCUAAUAAAUAUUUUCCCAUGUUUUUAAAUUGUGGACAGCAUUGCUAAGAUUGUAAAGUGUCCUUAAGGUCAUUCUCAAGUUGGGUGUUUGCAUGAUUUAUGUUGGCCUGGGUUUUACAGAACAAAACAGACUGGUUUUUAUUUAGAAGGCCCUUUAUUUAGGUUUAGUUCUACUUGAGUGCACCACAUAAUUGGCUCCUGUUCAUAGCUGUGCACUUUGCAGAUAGGAGAGAUUAGAGAGUGCUGUUGAUGUCGGAAGAGGAAAAAGAAGGGGGCACUUAGUUGCUCUUGUUCUGACUGAGGAGAGGGAGGGUAAGAGAGGUGGAGGAAAUUGCACAAAUAUUUAAAUAGCUUUCUGUGAAGUUGUAAACAGAUAUUGUAGUAGGUCCUGUUGCUGUGUACUCUUCAGCUUGCGUUUUUCAAAACAAGGUAUUCACUCGCAAUGUGCAACACAGCCCUAUAAAACUACAGUGACCCAACCAUUAGCUUGCAUUGCUGUAGCAUCCUAACCCUCAGAAAGCAUCCACUCCUUGCUUUCUGGAAAGUUGCUGGCUUUACUUGCCUUUCUGAUUCUUCAGCAGCCUUGUAGGUCUAAGCAUAGAAGGGGCCACCUGUGAUCUCAUUCCCACAAGCUUUCUUGCAAGCACUGGUGCAGUGACACCAAUGGCAGCUGCUGCACCUGAGCUGGAAGUGGGUCUCUGCUUUGCCCUACAAUAGCCGACCAGCUAUUAUACUGUAUUCUAACAAGACCCAGCCUUGCUAGACCAGAUCAAACCAAAGGACUUGUUCAGUCCAGCAGUCUGUCUCUAGCAGUGGCUAGGCAGAUGACCCUGAGAAGCUUACUAGCAAGACAUGGUGGAAGGUGACCAAUCCCGCCCCUUGCUUGUCUCCAUCGUUUGAUAGUCAAAUAUACUGCCUCGUGAAUACAGACACUUAAUUUUUCACUCUCAUGGCUAAUAACCACCCAGAGACGCAGGUUUUAGGUGUUAUAAAAAUAUAUUAAAGAAAUAAAAAUAAUGCC